UCAGCUCUCUUCCAAAAGUGUCUGUGCAAUCAGUCAAGCACCAGGCCUCGCUUUUUAUCAAGUCUGAUAAAUAAUAUUUCCAGUGAAAUAUUUCAUAAAUCUUUGUCUGUUGAAAGAGAUAUCAUAUAACCCACUUGAGAAUCAUUCCACUGUCAGUAGUAAGUGUGUAUAAUCAAUAGUUUAUUUCAGUACACAGCAAUAAUAAUAAUAAUAAUAAUAACACACAGACACACUGCUGUUAGUUCUUUAAUAUCAGUUUGGUGUGUCACAGCCUUUAGUGCCCACAGGAAUACUACAAGAGGAUACUACAAAAUAAUCCAGUUAGCAUUGACAUUAUAUCAGACACAAAAUAACAUACAUUUAGGGCAAUCUAGAAAAGUUGAUCUAUUUAAUAAGUGUAAAAAAAAAAAAUUCCAGGAGUCCUGAUUGAAUGACAAAGAUGAAGGGAAAAUCUAAUGCUUAUGACAUGAUACUUGUUUUUGACAUCUGACUAUAUGCUAUUGAUUAUUUGUGAUUGUAUUCACAGCUGGAAGAUCUGCAGAAAGACAGAGAUGCCAUCUAUCAUUGAAUAAAGAGGCAGUGAGGAUCCAAGAAAACCCAACAACCAAUCCAAAAAGAUUUUGAGGAUGUGCCUGACAAUUAACCUCCAUUGGUUCCUGACUAUUUUUCUUCUGUUUGUCUUGCCUGGAACCCCCUCUGGACCUGUGAAAGAAAAAAAGGGAGGCAUCGCAACACUGUCAUGUGAAGUUGAGGGAAAUGACAUUACUGAUAUUAAUAUAAUCAGAAUGUCAAAAAAUAUCUCUGUCUGUCAAACUGAGAAAUGUAGUGGCCGAAUAUUUAAAAAAAGAGUGUGUGACGUCGUCAUCGAGGAUCUGAGAUUCAGCGAUGCUGGAAAAUACAUUUUGAGAUUCGUCUACAAAAAUUAUCCAGCGAAGACAUACCAUCUUCAGAUUCAUGAUGAGGUUUCUGUGAAAAUAGGCGAGGAACUGAAGUUGGAUGUUCUGCUGCCAAAUGCUGAUAAAGUAGAGACAAACUCCAGUGGAGAGUGGAGGGAGGUGUGGAAGAGAGGUCAUGGGGUCUGCUGUGAACGAAUGACUGACCGUGAUGGGAACCUGAGCAUUAAAGAGUUUACAUCCAAUGAUACAGGAACAUACAGGGUUCUGGACUCUGAAGGAGAAACAUUGAUCACAGUGACUGUCACAGAUACAUUAUCAGCUACACAAUCAAAGGACAAACUGGACACAGAUGACGAACAACCUAAUGCCACUGAACAACUUCCUGCUUGGGUUUGGAUUUUGAUUGUUCUGGUGGUUCUGGGGGCUCUGGCUCUGGUUGCAUUUGCCGUCAACAGGACACACCAGCAUCAGAACAGGAACGAGGGACGUAAUUCCUACCAAUGCGUCUCAGUGGAACCAGCUGUAGAGGGGCCCACAUCACCUAACAACAGCAACGGUUAUGUGCAAUUAGGGGUGUAAAUUGGAUGGUUCUUCAUGAUACGACAUGAUAUCGGUUCUCAUACCCAGCGAUACGAUAUUUUCCGAUACCUCAAAAAAAUCUUCGAUACGAUUCAAUUCGAUACAGGAAUAUAUAGAUUGAUAUAUCGAUAUUUUGAUAUUUUAUAUCUAUUUUAAACAACCAUCUACAUUUUUAUUAACUCACAAAUGCAACCAAAAUAUUUAACAUGAACAUUUAUCUGAAAAUUUU